AUCGAUGCCUUUAUGCAUGCCUUGUUUAGCACUAAAAAGUCCAACUUUAAAACAACAAUAAGAGCGCAGUAGCUGCCGAAAUAUUAUUAUUAACUUAAUGCUGCGCCCAACACACAGACAAGCAACAUUAUGGGCAUUCUAGAGAAGAUUGCGGAGAUCGAGCGCGAAAUUGCGCGCACACAAAAGAACAAAGCCACUGAAUACCAUUUGGGCCUAUUGAAAGCCAAAUUAGCCAAGUAUCGCUCGCAACUGCUGGAGCCGUCGAAGAAGGGCGAGAAGGGUGAAGGAUUCGAUGUGCUCAAGAGCGGAGAUGCGCGUGUGGCGCUCAUUGGUUUCCCCAGUGUGGGCAAAUCCACCAUGUUGUCGACACUCACCAAAACCGAAUCGGAAGCAGCCAACUACGAGUUCACCACGCUGACAUGCAUACCCGGCGUGAUUGAGUACCAGGGUGCAAACAUACAGCUGCUCGAUUUGCCGGGUAUCAUCGAGGGCGCCGCCCAGGGCAAGGGUCGUGGUCGUCAGGUCAUUGCUGUGGCACGCACCGCUGACCUGGUGCUGAUGAUGCUGGACGCCACCAAGCCGAAUGUCCAUCGCGAGCUGCUCGAACGUGAGCUGGAAUCGGUGGGCAUACGCCUGAACAAGCGCAAGCCCAAUAUUUACUUUAAACAGAAAAAGGGCGGCGGCCUGAGCUUUAAUUCCACCUGCGCGCUGACGCGCUGCAGCGAGAAAAUGGUGCAAAUGAUUCUCCACUCAUUCAAGAUCUUCAAUGCGGAGGUGCUGUUUCGCGAGGAUUGCACAGAGGAUGAGUUCAUUGAUGUGGUCACGGCCAAUCGUGUCUAUCUACCUUGCCUUUAUGUGUAUAAUAAGAUUGAUCAGAUAUCCAUAGAAGAGGUGGAUCGGCUGGCGCGACAGCCGCACUCCAUUGUGGUUAGCUGUAAUAUGAAACUUAAUUUGGACUACAUGCUGGAGGCGCUCUGGGAGGCCCUGCAGCUCAUCAGGGUGUACACCAAAAAGCCCGGUGCGCCGCCAGAUUUUGACGAUGGCCUGAUUCUGCGAAAGGGCGUCAGUGUGGAGCAUGUCUGCCAUGCCAUCCAUCGAACGCUGGCCGCACAAUUCAAGUACGCGCUGGUCUGGGGCACGUCGACGAAAUACUCGCCACAGCGCGUGGGCAUAGCCCAUGUCAUGGCCGAUGAGGAUGUCAUUCAGGUGGUCAAGAAGUAAGUUGCAACGCAGCUGCGUCUGUUAAGCCAGUUCCUGGCAUCAAUCGAGUUGAAAUAUAUAUUCUAUGCUACCUAUAACAAUUUAAAUGAUUCUUGAUCAUCAUUUUGGA